AUGAGAAACGGGAGCCUGUGGAAGGAACCGGGAGGAGACAAGGUGCUGGCCGGCCGUGUUUUGACCGGCGCCUUGCUGUCCGCCCUCAUCCUCUUCACGCUCCUGGGUAACGCGCUGGUGUGCGUGGCCGUGCUGCGCUACCAUAACCUCCGCGCCAAAGUCACCAACUUGUUCAUCGUGUCACUGGCGCUCUCCGACCUGCUGCUCGCCGUGCUGGUCAUGCCAUGGAAAGCGGCGGCCGAGGUGGCGUCCGGCUGGCCGUUCGGCCCCUUCUGCAAAGUCUGGCUGGCGUUCGACAUCAUGUGCUCGACCGCGUCCAUCCUCAACCUGUGCGUCAUCAGCGUGGACCGCUACUGGGCGAUCGCCAGCCCGUUCCGGUACGAGCGCCGCAUGAGCCGCCGCCUGGCACUGCUGGUGGUCGGACUGACCUGGGCGCUCGCCGUGCUCGUCUCCUUCGUGCCCGUGCAGCUUGACUGGCACACGGCCCCGGCCGCCCGCAGCAGCAGCGCCCCGAGACCACCCCCCCGCGGGCAGCGUCCGCCCGCUAACUGUGACUCCAGCCUGAACCGGGCGUACGCCAUCUCGUCGUCGCUCAUCAGCUUCUACAUCCCGGUGGCCAUCAUGCUGGUCACCUACGGCCGCAUCUACCGCAUCGCCCGCGUCCAGAUCCGCCGCAUCGCGGCCCUCGAGAGGGCGGCUCAGCACGCCCGCAGCUGCCGCCAGGAGCAGCACCGCUCGCUGCGCAGCUCCUUCUACAAGGAGACCAAGGUGCUCAAGACGCUGUCGGUCAUCAUGGGCGUCUUCGUCUGCUGCUGGCUGCCUUUCUUCGUCCUCAACUGCCUGGUGCCGUUCUGCGACCGCCGCUCGCCCUCCCCGCCGUGCGUCAGCGAGACCACCUUCGACGUCUUCGUCUGGUUCGGCUGGGCCAACUCGGCCCUCAACCCGGUGGUGUAUGCCUUCAACGCCGAGUUCCGCCAGGCCUUCUCGGGCCUGCUGGGCUGCACGCGCGUGUGCUGCGCGCCAACCGCCGGCCGCGUGCACAGCGCCAACAUCAGCAACGAGCUGGUCUCCUACCACCAGGAGACGGCGCUGCAGCGGGAGGUCGCCUGCGCCGACAUGAUCCCCAACGCGGUGCAGCGGGCGCCCGCGGCCUUCGACAGCAUGUCGCAGAUCUCCGCCGCCGCGGACGAGGACGACGAGGAGGAGGAGCUGGCCAGCGACUCUGCGGCCGAGCUGGGCCUGACCUUCUGCAAAAUCACACCCUUCACCCCGAACGGCGUGCACUGACCGCCGCAAAAUCCACUGGGAUCUAUCUAUCGAUCAGUUUGGAUUGGGAGUCACAGCAGAUUAAGUCCACUCGGAUGUGGGGCCCUUUCCCCACUAAAGGACAGGGCAAAGUCCAUCGAUUGAAGUGACAAGCGGGACUGCCGUCCGUAGGCAGAACAUUGACAAACCAUCAUUAAACCUCCCAAAAUAAAUGUAAACGAGACAGAUGUUUCCGUACUGGGAGAAAGUAGAGUGUAAAUAGCUUUUCACAACCUGUCCCGUUCAGUUGACAAGAUCUUUUGCAAUUGCGGGGAAUUUUUGUGUCAGUUGGCGCCUGGGUAAUUGAUAUCCGGGAAACUGUCUUGCUUUACUCGACCCCCUCAUCAUGAUGGAUCCAAGACUUCCAAAGACUGUCCUCUGGGACAAGUAGCCCAGACUCAGUUUCCUUCUUCCUCAAGAUAAAGAAACCCGAUGAACUCCUUUGAUGGUCAGAUUUCCAGGUCAUGUACAUUUGGGAAUGGUGGCGUGAUCAGAUCUGUUGAAUAUUUUAAUGACUGCAAGAUAGCAAUCAGAUGUAACAAUAUUUUUUCAUGAUUUGACAGCAGUUCGUUAAUUUAUUUUAAUUUAUGUAAAUAAAG